AUGGAGAUUACUCGUACUACGCUCGGGAUAGCUGCUGGUUUAGCCGGAACACUCUUCCUAGGCUAUUGUGUUUAUUUUGACCAACAACGACGUAAAGAUCCAUUUUUCAAAAAGAAGUUGCGGGAGCGUCGUGAGAAAGCCAGUCAGAACAAUUCCCGAAAUCGUAACCUGAGCGGGCCCUUGCCUAAUAUGAACGAUCAUGAGGCCAUGCAAAGAUUUUUCUUGAGAGAGAUUCAACUCGGGGAGGAGUUAGUAGCGGCAGGUGAAUUAGAAGCUGGUGUAGAACAUCUCGGACAAGCUGUGGCCGUGUGUGGGCAAACACAGCAGUUACUUAGUGUCCUGCAACAAACAAUGCCGGCUAAUCUAUUCCAUCUUCUAUUGAAGAAGCUUCCCGAGGUAUCAGAACGUCUCCGAGCUGCAAUGAAUGCAAGCGGCAACGGAUUACACGAAGAAGAUGUUGAAUGA